AUGGACAAUCAGCCGAUUCCAAAGGAGCUGUUUUGGAACUCACACGAGAUCGGGAAGAUAGAUGGCUUCUGGUAUUUCGUGGAGGCAAUGGAUGGCACCGCCGCAUUCAGGUCAGGAUUCGAGCCGAGAAACGACGACGUUCUCUUGACGUCCUUCACCAAAACCGGAACCACUUGGCUCAAGGCGCUCUGCUACAACAUCCUCGACAAAGAAGCAGGAGAAGACCUUCUGGCGAAGAAGAACCCCCACGAGGUGGUUCCCACCCUCGAAAACACUUUCCUCAAAGACCAAGUACAACAUAUGUUGCUCGAUUCCCCUCCUCCCCGGUUGCUCCACACUCAUCUGGCUUACAGCUGCUUGCCAGAGGUGGUGAGGGAGUCUGGGUGCAAGUUCGUGUAUCUGGCUCGGAACCCCAAGGACACGGUGGUGUCGAUGUGGCAUUUCUACAACAAGCUGCUCACACGCCGCGGUCCCGAGCCGUUCCCGUUGGAAGGAGCGGUGGAGAGCUUCUGCAACGGGGUCCUGCCUUUCGGGCCUUUUUACGAACACGUGGUGGGCUACUGGGAGGAGAGCCGAAGGCGGCCCGAGGAGGUGUUGUUUCUCAAGUAUGAAGAUUUGUGGAGAGAGCCUAAGGAGCAGGUCAAGAAGCUGGCUUCGUUUCUCGGGAAGUCAUUUUCCCAACUGGAUGGGGACGGCGAGGUGGAGAAGGUGCUGUGGCGGAGCAGCUUGGAUAGGUUGAAGGAGUUGGAGGUUAACAAGAGUGGUGUCGGUGAGCUGAACCAUGUGCCCAAUGCCACCUUCUUCAGGAGAGGAACCGUGGGGGAUUGGAAGAAUCACUUGACUUCCCAAAUGGCUCAACGCAUUGACCAUCUCACACGGUCUAAAUUGCAGGGGACUGAGCUUUCUCUUGAUGAUUAA